AUGUCCUCUACAACUAAUUCUUCAGCUCUUGAAUCCCCGGACCAGACCACCUUUCAAUAUGCAAAUGAAUGUGAUUUGGAAAUACACUGCUCUCCAUUCGGGUUAAGUGGUCUCUAUAUAAGACUAGGAGGCACAAAUAUCAUGGGUAUAGGUUCCACAAUGGGAUUGAUAACGGGGAGCACAAAGGGAUUAAUACACUAUAAUAAUAGUAACGAUUUUAUUGACAAGAAGUUUAAACUAUAUAUUGUCGUGGAGGAUUCUAAUCUCCGUAUCGAUUUUACCGCGAUUAAAGAAGAAGGAGGAGCUGCCAAAGGCGGCAUCGAUGGAAAAGAAGAAGAACAACAACAAGAACAAGAAGAAAACAAUAAUGAAGAGGAGGAAGUACAAGAGUUGCCGACACUAAUUUUCAAAGGUCCUUGUCCCGAAGGAAGACCCGAUAAUAUAGAACCAUUUAUAGGAAUUUUCUCAUUUGAAAGAGAAACGGUAUAG